AUGUCAGGUCAACCUCCUUUAGAUGAAUUGCAAUGGAAAUCGCCAGAAUGGAUUCAAGCUUUCGGUUUAAGAACUGAUAAUGUUUUAGAUUAUUUUGCAGAAUCACCAUUUUUUGAGAAGACGUCUAAUAAUCAAGUGAUUAAGAUGCAGAGACAGUUUUCUCAAAUGCCAGUGAUGGAUAAUCCAUCUGGCAACACGCCUGCCAACGGUGGAGGGGAUCAACAACAGCAGCAGCAGCAACAACAACAAUCGCAACAAUCGCAGCAGCAGCAACAGUCCCAGCAAUCUCAACAACAGCAGCAACAACAGAUUAAUAUAUUCAAGACAUCUGUUAAUCAUCAGGAUCAGGAUCAAGAGUUUGGAUACGUAGAUAUGAUAAGAAGGGAUAUAUUGACUAGAUAUCCGAUGCAUGCGAUGUUAGAGAGAGAAUUAGGUAAAAUGAAAGGUGUAGAGUAUGUUUUAUCCUACGUUAGAGAACCUGAUUUCUGGAUUAUUAAGAAACAAAAUAGAAUCUCUUCAGAAUCUACACAACCAUUGCAAGCGUAUUAUAUAAUUGGUGCAAACGUAUACCAAUCACCAACAGUUUUCAAAGUGGUGCAAAGCAGACUUUUAUCCACAAGCUACCAUUUAUCAUCAACUUUAAAAACAUUACGCAAUCUAAUCCAAUUCGAACCAUCUCAAGGGGUCCAAUUUAAAACGAUCCAAGACGAAUCGUAUUCGACACCGACCUCGACAUCAAAUAACGAUAUUGGAACCAAUGGGAACAGCGUUUCAAAUACAACAUUGUCAGCAUCAGCAACAGUAGCUACUACUCAACCGGCUAGCACUUCUCAGUUUGAUCAUAAUGGUUUCCAAACAAAUCAAGAUAAAUUAACAAGAGAUAUGAUGGACACAUUAAUGGUGAUGAGUAUUAAAUCAAAACCUGAAUACAUUUGA